GCCGGGGCGGGGUUUCGCUGGGGUUAUGCUGACGGCUCCGGUCAGGGAAUUUCAACUUCGGAUGUGGCUGAGCUGAAGGCGGCAGUCUUCACUAGAGGCCAGGGAUUAAAUGCUACAUGGAAUAGCCUCUCACUUCAGGAGAAGCAUAAUCUGUGACCAUGACAACUGAAGCUGGCCCAGAGACUGAAGUAAAGAAGGAAUCUGAGCAGCUAGGGGCAGAUGCAGCCAAGGAAACACACGAGGAAGCAACAGAGAGUCAGGAAAAUCAAAAGUCUGAAAAGACACUCUCUGAAGAGGCACAAAGUUCUCCUCCUUCCCCAGCACUAGCUACCCAAAGCAGCCCAAGUAGUCAGAAGAAGGAAAAAGAUCCAUCUGAAGGCAAGGGAAUCUCUCGCUUUAUCCCCCCAUGGCUUAAGAAACAAAAAUCAUAUACCUUGGUGGAGCCCAAAGAUGAAGUCAAGAAAAAACCUGUAGAGGAAAGACCGGUAAUGGAGGAGAGGGAAAGUCAACUUCCAGAGGAUAUGGCUCAGCCAAAGGGAAACUUGGAAGAAGCAACAAUUGAGAGUCAACAGGAGGCUAAAGCAGAUGACAAGGAGGAAGAAGAGAAGCAUUCUGUGAGCAGUGCUGACACACAGCCUGCUAAAGAAGACAAUAAAGAGAUUGAAGUAGAGAAAGUUGCCGAUGAGCAAGAAGAAAAACAAAAAGUAGAAGAAAAGAGGGAGACCAAAGAGGUACAAACAGCUGAAAUCAAAAUGGAGAAAGCACCUCAGAAAGCUCCCAAGAAGAUUAAAACUGUGCCGUGCAAAGUGAUGCUCCUGGAUGGCACCGAAUACAGCUGUGACCUAGAGAAAAGAGCUAAAGGCCAGGUGCUAUUUGACAAGGUGUGCGAACAGCUCAAUUUACUGGAAAAGGACUAUUUUGGCCUGUUGCUUCGAGAUAACUCAGAUCAGAAGAACUGGUUAGAUUCUUCAAAGGAAAUCAAGAGGCAAAUUCGAAGUUUACCCUGGCUAUUCACCUUUAAUGUGAAGUUUUAUCCUCCUGAUCCUUCACAGUUGACUGAAGACAUUACCAGAUAUUUCCUAUGCCUACAGCUUCGUCAGGAUAUUGCUUCUGGCCGACUGCCAUGUUCUUUUGUGACUCAUGCCCUCCUUGGUUCAUAUACUCUGCAGGCCGAGCUAGGCGACUAUGAUUCAGAGGAGCACAAUAACCAUUACAUCAGCGAAUUCCAAUUUGCACCCAAUCAAACAAAAGAGAUGGAGGAGAAAGUAGUAGAACUGCACAAAACACACAGGUGUGUCAGACCUGCUCCUGUGGGUAUCACAGACCAAAGUCUGCUAAGGGAUUUUUCUGCUACCACAGUGGGACCUGCUGGUGUUAUGGUCUUUGACGGUGAAGCUGUUGGCCAGACCAAGUUAAAAAAUGGCGAAGGUAGAGAUGAGGAUGGAAGCCCAACUAAAAUUCCACAACUGGAAUUAACCCAGGAUGAAAAGUCCCUUCACAUGUAUCCACCAUCACCACCCCUUCACUGUGUUUCAUCCUGUCCCACAAACCUGGCAACUAUCCCUGAGAUGGACAUGCUUUUGGACAUUUCAGAGGAAGAUCCCUUUCAGGAAUAUGUCCAUAGCCUCUCAGACUGCUGGGAGUGCAGUCCCAUGAGAGUAAUACCAACUCACAGUGGAAAUGAAGAGACAUUGCCUAAUAAUAUCUUGGAGCCUAUGAGACCCCCAGUUAGUCCCCAUUCUUCUCCUGCAGUAGAGGGAAAGCCCCAUAAAACAGUUGACUACAAAGAUACUGAGUUUAGUAUUUCAUUAAGCUUUAGCAAACUCUUUGCUUCUAAUUUCCUUUCACUGCUUGAUGAGGAUGGCUACAUCAGUUUUCCUAGCCUCCCUGAGGUUUGCAUCUCCUACCUCCCACCUGGUCUUCAACACUAUGUUCCUAUCACCUCUCCCUCAUUCAUUCCCUCUUUUCUCCUUAUCUUUGUGCUGCUUCUCUCUGCUUUUCAGUCUGUUCCUUUCUCACUCACAUUUUCCCUUCCUCUCGCUCUGUCCCUCUGCUACCUGGAGCCUAAGGCGACUUCAUUGAGCGCCUCUUAUGACAAUGACCUGAAUGACAAAGCAGAGGAAGAGGAGGUGGAGGAAGACCAAAGUGGCUUAAUAAUUUCAGCAGCGUCUGUGGCCGAAACAAUAAAGGUGGAAACCGGAGAGGAGGAAACGCAGCAGCAGGACCUGGAUAAGACCCAGGACGACUUACUGAAACAUCAGGCUAGCAUUAGUGAACUCAAGCGCAAUUUCAUGGAAUCCACACCUGAGCCACGCCCCAAUGAAUGGGAAAAGCGGCGUAUCACACCUCUGUCUCUACAGACACAAGGGAAAAAAGGAGACCACAUUUUCCAAAGGAAAAAAUUGCCUGUGAAGGAGAAGCAAUGGACUGCAGUGACAUGGAUUACUGAGGCAAAAACAGAAGAAACUAUCCAGAGCCUAGAAGAGGAAAUAACGUCAAUUUUAUUUAGUAAAGAGGGCUUUUCCACUAGCAUGAAAUCUACCUUCACUUCAUCCACCGCAUGGACAGCAGAGGGCACUGUUGUGAAAGAUAAUGUACCUUCUGAAAUGCUUUCUGCCUCACCCUUCUUACAACUGCCUGAGAAACUUCCUUCCAGAGCAGAAGGGCCUUGCACUGGAGCCAGCGAUGCUGAUAAGAGUUCACAUGAGACUCUGAACGUAGUGGAAGAGAAGAAACAGGCAGAGGUGGGGAUAGAAGAGACUGUAGUCAUAGACGAAAUCAACAGAGGGAAAAUGCAAGCUGUCUCUGAUGCUGGGGAGACCCAUAAGGUGGAACAUGUGUCAAAAAAGGACUCUUCUUCAUUGUCAUCAGAUAGCAGCAGUAGCAGCAGUAGUGAGAGUGAGGAUGAAGUGGUGGGAGAGUAUCAGCCCCAUCACAGGGCGACUGAGGACAUCAUAAGGGAAGAACAAGAAGAAAAUGAAGAUGCCAAAAGAAUGGAGGAGUGUGCAACAAAAAUAAUACAGAGUGUGGAAACUGUACAAGAAGGCAGUAAAGUAAGAGUUGAGCACACGCAAGUUACAGCAAAGGCUUUGGCCCAGGAAAAUGCAGUUGCCAUUAAAACUGCAGAGACGAAUGUAAUGGAAGAGGGGAAGCAAGACUUGAGAGCAGAAGAUGAGGAAGAACAGCUCAGAAUAAACGGAGACGUGUCUCAUGUUGACAUUGAUGUUGUGCCACAAAUAAUUUGUUGUUCUGAGCCUCCGGUAGUAAAGACCGAGAUGGUGACCAUUUCAGAUGCCACACAGAGAACAGAAAUCUCCACCAAGGAAGUCCCAAUUGUUCAAACAGAGACCAAAACUAUCACAUAUGAAUCUCCUCAGUUUGAUGGCAGUGCAGGUGGUGAUGCUGGUGUGCUGUUGAGUGCACAGACUAUAACGUCUGAAUCAGUUUCUACAACUACAACCACACACAUCACUAAGACCGUAAAAGGUGGAGUAUCAGAAACAAGGAUUGAGAAGCGCAUUGUCAUCACUGGAGAUGCAGAUAUUGACCAUGACCAGGCACUGGCACAGGCAAUCAAAGAAGCCAAAGAGCAGCACCCUGACAUGUCUGUCACGAGGGUAGUGGUGCAUAAAGAAACUGAACUUGCUGAGGAAGGGGAGGAGUAAGGUCAAG